AUGCAUGGAAAGAUCAUCUUCUACGAGGACAGGAACUUCCAGGGUCGCUCCUAUGAGACCAGCAGCGACUGCGCCGACAUGUCCUCCCACCUGAGCAGGUGCCACUCCUGCAAGGUGGAGAGCGGCUGCUUCAUGGUAUACGACCGCCCCAACUACACAGGGAACCAGUACUUAAUUAAGAGGGGCGAGUACUCUGACUACCAGCGGAUGAUGGGUUUUGGAGACUGCAUUAGGUCCUGUCGUAUGAUCCCCACGCACAAAGGCUCCUACAAAAUAAGGAUCUACGAGAUGGAGAACUUUGGCGGUCAGAUGACCGAGUUGAUGGAGGACUGCGACAACAUCCAAGAGCGUCACCGCAUGUCCGACUGCCAGUCCUGCAACGUGAUGGACGGCCAGUGGCUGAUGUACGAGCAGCCCCACUUCAGAGGCAGGAUGAUGUACCUGAGGCCCGGAGAGUACAGGAGCUUCAGGGAGAUGGGCUACGACGGAUCCAGAUUCAGCUCUAUCAGACGCAUCACCGACUCCUGCUAACUCCACUAUUUUAAAAUCGUCAGAAUUAUAGAAACCUUUUGAAACAUGGCAUACACAAUCUGUAACGUUGGAAAUCUUUAAAUUGGAUUUUUAUUGUGUUUGUAUAUUGUUUAAUUUGACUGCAAAUUUUAAAUACAGACUGGAAUCUUA